CAUCAUUCUGUUUGUAUAAACACAACACUAAAUUAGAGUGAUCUCCCUUAGACGGCGUUAUACUGAUGUCAUGGCCUUCUUUCGCGCGUGUGCUAAAUGGAUAUUUAUCAUCAUAUUUAUCAUAUUCUGUAUACAGUAUUGGCUAGAACACAAAUCGUAUUUAUUUUCCGAUGAAGCUGUUAACAAGAUAGCGAAGAAAUACAUAGGGCAGGAUCCCGAAACAUCUUUUCCAAAGAUAAUCAAGGACUUCCGACGCCAGUAUCCCGGACACAUCCUGCCGGAUGAAGAAAUGCAAUGGAUCUUCAUGAACGCCGGCGGCUGGAUGGGAGCCAUGUGCAUCCUGCAUGCAUCGAUCACAGAAUAUGUGCUGUUGUUUGGUACGGCAGUUGACACUGUAGGCCACUCAGGGCGGUACUGGGCCAACAUCUCUGACACAAUAUUAACUGGAUCAUUCCGACAGUGGCAGGAAGGCACGCUUCAGAGUACAGUAUUUGAACCAGGUGACAUCGUGUACCAUCCGAUAGGUGAGGCCGCAUCUGUAUCCUGGUCACAUGAUACAUGGAUGGUGGAGUACGGACGAGGAUUCAUACCAUCGACCUUGACAUUCGCCUUAGCCGACACUUUCUUCAGCACAACAGACUUUGUUACACUGUUUUAUAUAUUGCGGGUUUAUGCCAAAGCUAUGGCUUUAGAAGCUGGGUUUUACAUCUCAGAAAUACGUCAACAGAUGAAGGAUGCACUGUAAUCGAAGCUCUUCCAACAUUUUAUUUUUUACUGUAUAUUGACAGAAAAUAAUAAAUAUUUUUUUAUAAUU